UUAUUGGCAACUUACUCAAAAAUUAAUUUUUAAAGGGCUUCGAUUUCUUCAUUUUAUUUAUUUCUACAUACAUUUAAUUCCCCUAAAUGCGGAGUGAUUUAAAAACUUUAAUUGUUUUGUGGCCUCCAUUGCUUGGACAUUUUAUUUUGUUAAUUCCUAGUGGAGCAGCUUUUGUAGUUAAAGACAAUGUUCAAAACGUUUCGUCUGUGAUUCCCGAUAAACCCGGAGUAAUUGGAAGUGAUGUUAUUGAUAAAAGCACAAAAACUAGUCAACUAAAAGAAGGAAGUGAAAGUUUGCUUUCUGGAAUUGAACGUAGCCAUAUUGAGGAAUUAAAGGAGGAAAUUGAAGGAGAAGGUAAGAAAGUACCCAAAAUGAAUGGACAGGGUAAUGAAAGCCUUGAAACUAAAAUUGUUGAAAAGAAAAGAGAACUGGAGGCUUUAAAUCAAGAAAAAUUAAAUUUGGAAAAGAAAGUUGUUGAAUCAAAAACAACUGAAGAAGAAAAGGAUAUUACUCUAAUUGAUCCAGUAGGUAAAGAAGAAUCACCUAUUGUAAGUGAGCUAAAAACAGAAACAAAGAAUACAGGAGAGACUGAAAGGAAAGAAGAGAAUUCUCAGGAAAUAUCACUUUGGCAGCAAGUUUGGCAAUCCCUGUUUAGUAGUGGACAAAAUGUUAAAACUGAAGAAAAUUCCAUUGAAAAACCAAAAAACCAAGAAAAAGUAUUAAAAGAAGGAAAUGUUGAAAAGGAAAAAACUAAUGGAAAUGAGUUGGGGAAAGAUUUGAAAAAAUCUAAAGGAAAUGGCCAAGUAAUUGAAAAAUUAAAACCAGAAGAAAGCAAAAAAGAUGAGGAUGAAAAGCAACAUAAAGUAACAAAAAACAAAUCACCUACAGAUCCCCAAAAAUUAACAGAUCAAGUUAAAUUAACUGGUGAAGAUAAAAAAAUAUUGAAAGGAGGCGAAAAACAAAAAGGAACAUCUAAAACAGACGAAACUACUAAAAACAAUGAAAAAGAUAAGAAAAACAUAAAUGAAACUGAAAAAGUCAAAACAAAAGACAGUGAAAUAAUUGAGGAGAAAGGUAAUCUGAAAAAACCAGAAAAGGAGGAAGAAAAGCUUAAAGUAAGCGAAAAGAUUGUUGACAAAACAAUUAGACACGAUGAAACGAAACAUAAAUUAGAAGAUUUGGCUAAGAAAGUUGUUACUGUUAAAAAGGAGAAAGUUGAAAAUCAAAAUAAUAUAAACAAAGAUGUUGUGCAAAAACCUGCAUUUGUAAAACCUGCAUCUCAAAAAAAUGGAGAAGGAAAGAAACAUAAAACAAAAUCUGGAAAAAAGGAGAAAAAAUCGCCGGGACAAGCAAAUCAUUCAGAUGAAAGCAGCUAUGAAUCUGAAGAAAGUGUUGAAUUAACUAAAGGAAAAGGAAAUUUUGCCGAACAUGUUCAAAAUUAAAAGUCGGCAAAAAGAUGUAUUUUUUGAGUUGGAAGAGUGUGCGGAGUUUUUUGGAUUUAUUAAACUUUUGUCCCAUUUGUAUUUAACUACCUCUCAUCCAUUAUUUUUUUACCACACAUACUCCAAUUAUUAUAACCUCUACAAACAAAAUUGUGA